UUAAUGUAGUAGUUUAUGCGACCCUGGUCAAAUCUCGCGAUAACAUAUCCCAGAUACCUUAAAAACGUGAUUUUAACGAAGGGAAACAAUAUUAUGCCUAUUAAAGUUAGUGCAGUUGGAUUUCUGCUCAUUUUAACAAUCCGGUAUACUCGCCAGUUAAUUAAUGUCGCUUGUUUUCGCCGGCCUGCCCCGAGAGAUAGGUGUGUUUAUCGACAGAGCAACUUUCUCCAUGUGACGUGUCUGUCGGAGGAAACACUAGUCGAGGGAGAUGCCGACAUGAUCCGUUUAAACUCUGUUUUCCGGUUCUUUAAUCAUUUUGGUAUCUUGCUGUCAGUUAAAUAAGCUUAAAAUUAAGUUACAAGCUAACGGUUUGUGAAUGACAGAGGUGGGUGUUAUUUCCCCGCAGCGCUUUGUUAGUUGUAUUUGGCGAGUAGAACUAAAAUGGAGUUUCAACAGGUUUUGAGUAAAAUGAAACUCAGAAUAACCGAUUCCGACUGAAGCUUUCAACCUCUUUUGGUGAUGGGCUCGGUGACGUCUGCUCUAACAAGGACGAGAAACGCGUUGGUGAAAGUGGGUUCAGAGCCGGAGAACCAUGACCCGGAGAGAAGCCAGUCCGCUCCGGAAUCGGACCGGGCCAGGAAGAGGAGCGCGCGGUUUACCGUCGCGAGCCAAACCGGACGGCAGAGUUCCCGCCAGUCGCUGUCCGAGGUGCUGAGCAGACAAGACUCCGACGGCGGCAAACUAACUGCGAAGAAAAAGACUUCUGAAGGUCAACAGAGCGUGGCAAAUGAAGAUGGGGAGAGCGCCACCAGACCACAAGCUAGUUUUGCACGUUCAAAGUCACAGAGUGCUUUGUGGAAUGCCAUCACGGCGGGGAUGGGGAUCAAAGGCAAAGAGCAGAAGCCCCCGCUGAAUGACCCACGAAGUCCUGAAGAGAUUUUGGCUGAUGAUCUUCCUGCAGCAGAUGAACCAGAUGCCACAGAGAAAACGGCCAUCAGAUUAAGAUGUCUGGUGAAGCAACUGGAGAGAGGAGAGGCUUCCCUCACUGACCUCAAGAAAAACCUUGAGUAUGCGGCGUCGGUGCUGGAAUCAGUUUACAUUGAGGAGACAAGGCGUUUGGUGGACACAGAGGAUGAGCUCAGUGACAUCCAGUCAGAGUCUGUGCCCUCAGAGGUGCGGGACUGGCUGGCUUCCACCUUCACCCGUCAGAUGGGCCUUAUGCUGCGCCGCAAUGAAGAGAAACCUCGCUUCCGCAGCAUCGUCCACGCCGUCCAGGCUGGCAUAUUUGUUGAGAGGAUGUACCGACGUACCUCCAAUAUGGUGGGACUCAGCUACCCCCCUUCUGUCAUAUCUGUGCUUAAGAAUGUUGACAAGUGGUCGUUUGACGUGUUCGCCCUAAAUGAGGCCAGCGGGGAGCAUGCACUUAAAUUCAUAUUCUACGAGUUGCUCACAAGAUACGACCUCAUUAGUCGUUUCAAGAUCCCGAUCUCUGCGGUGGUGUCAUUUGUGGAGGCCCUAGAAGUGGGAUACAGCAAACAUAAAAACCCCUACCACAACCUGAUGCAUGCUGCUGAUGUCACACAGACUGUACACUACUUGCUACUCAAGACUGGCAUGGUGCAUUGGUUGACUGAGCUUGAGAUCUUUGCCAUGAUCUUUGCGGCGGCAGUGCACGACUACGAGCACACGGGGACCACAAACAACUUCCACAUUCAGACAAGGUCAGACACAGCUAUCCUGUACAAUGACCGCUCAGUGUUGGAGAGUCACCAUGUCAGCGCAGCCUACCGCCUACUGCAGGAUGACGAUGAGAUGAACAUCCUCUACAACCUCUCCAAGGAUGACUGGAGAGAGCUGCGGGCUCUGGUGGUGGAGAUGGUGCUGGCCACAGAUAUGUCCUGCCACUUCCAGCAGGUUAAGGCCAUGAAGAACUUCCUACAACAACCUGAGGGCAUUGACAAGCCCAAAGCGCUGUCCCUGCUGCUGCACACAGCAGACAUCAGCCACCCGGCCAAAAGCUGGGACCUCCACCACCGCUGGACCACCUCCCUACUGGAGGAGUUCUUCAGACAGGGGGACAAAGAAGCAGAGCUCGGCUUGCCGUUCUCUCCACUCUGUGACCGAAAGUCCACAAUGGUGGCACAGUCCCAGAUCGGGUUCAUAGACUUCAUCGUGGUGCCCACCUUCACUGUGCUGACGGACAUGACGGAUCGCAUCGUCAAGCCACUCAUAGACGAGGCCUCCCAUUCAGGUUUUGCCGGCUUUAGACGCUCAAGUCUGAACAGUAUUAGCUCAGAUGAGGCCAAGAGGCACAGUGUGAAGAGCACGGGCUCCGACAGCAGCUCGUCGGGACAAAGCUCUCUGUUGAUGGUGGACCUGAAGAACUUCAAGGCGUUGUGGAAUGAAGAGGUUUAUCAGAAUAGAGAGAGGUGGAAAGCACAGGCUAGUAAAGAGGCGGAGGAGAGAGCUAAAAAGGAAGCGGAGGAGCAAGCCCAGCAGGAAGAGGCUAUGGAGCCGCAGGAGGUCCACACAGAAUCAGAACAGCCUGAACCAAAGGAGGACCAAUUGGAGGGGGAAGAGCCCGAGUCAACGGAGGCCAGCAGACCACCGGAUGGUAACACAGGGGAAACAGAGCAGGGAGCACAGCCUGGGAGCGCCACACACGAGAAUCCUCCAUUGCAGAAUGGAGAGUUGUCUGAAGGAGCUGAAUCUCCAGAGAGUGACGAAAACAAAAACAAAGGAGUCGAUGCAGAGGUAGAGAUGGAAUAAUGGAGCUGUGGAGAAUCAAGGCCACACUGUUGCAUCUUUGCGCUGCUGUCGACCUGAACCUGCAUUUACACAGAUGGGAGAACUCAGACUCACACCAGAGGGAAGUCCAUUAGUUGGACUGCAUCGCCCUCUACAGGACACCAAGAAACUGACACCUUCACGUCCCUUUUUGCCUCCAUGAUCUACUGUUAUUACUUUUAACCAUGUUUAUACUCCCGCGUCCUUUUAUGCAGAGCUUGUGGCUCUGCUCACGUGCAUUAUUCCUCCCUUCCUGCUUACUGAUAAAGAGGGUACAGAAGAAGAUUUAAUGACGUUAAGAUGACGGCCACGAUGGUGAGGAUGAAGAGGAGCUUUUGAAAGACUGACACCGAAAAUGUUGCUUUUUUAAGUUUGCCAAUCUUUAACUUCGCUCUAAGUCAUAUGUUUAACUCAGCCACAAACAUGUAGCCAUUGUACACGUCCUACUUUUCACUGCUGCGUUAUUUCUGUCAACACAAGUCUGAUAAAAAACAUUUAUUUAGAGACAUAAAGUUUUGUGUCACAGCAAUUUAUUUUACUGAAUAAUACAUAAGUGCAGAUUUGUGGGAAAUGCAGAACAGAUUGUGCAGAUGUAUAUCAAGAGGGACUAUAACUGCUACACAGUAUGUAGAGCAUAUGAGUACUAUUUAACUAGUAAGUAGUACUUAUACAAAUCCUCACUAUCUAAAAACUUAACUCCUGUUGGGAGUCUCUUAUGUUUGUUGAAGCUACUACAAAAAACUGUUUUUACCACCAGUUGUGGCUAAUUUUUUUUGCCCUUAACAUGUUUACUGUCUUAGUGCUUUCCUCAGACAUUGUGCAAUUCUAAUGUGUUCCUUGCAGCCAGGUUUAUAUUGUUUUUUGUGUGUUUUUGUCCUCAUUACUGUAUAUAUUGAAGGUUUGUAUAUGUAUGGAUCUGAGGAGGAGUAAAUGUCCUAUGAAUCCACAAUCCACCAAUGUUUUUUUUGUGUGGAUAUAAUGUAAGAUAUUGUAGUGAAAAAUGUCCAAGAAGUAGAAUGCAACUUUUGCAUUUCAAACAUAUCACACACACACACACACACACACACACACACACACACACACACACACACACACGAAUGCAUUCAAGUUUUUGUAAUAUUUAAAAAUCUUUUUGUUUACCUUUUAUUUUGUAACAUUCUCAUUUGUUUUGCAUUUGUUAUGUCCUAUAUGAAUCAUGCAAUAGAUGUGUCUAAUAUCCUCACACUGUAUGUCAUUUCUUCGUCAAAAGACUUCUUCACGAUGCCUUCUUAUAUGUAUUUAAGCUGUAGCAAAAAGUCUACAUUAGUUUCAUUAGAAUUUGAGAAAAAUCGUAUAUAUGUACGUUAUUUUAUUUUGCAGUACGGUUAUGUUACAGCAGCUUCACCUAGAGGUUGUUGGUGUAAUGUUUAAUCAGUGUGUUUACAGUGUGCUCGUACACCUAUUAGCCAGUUAAAUCCAUCAUGCUUUUGUGAUGCAUCCGAGGCUGAGUCUAAACUGUAUCUGCUUCUUGGUCGUUUGCCAGGUUUUUACGGCUUGUUAUGUUGUGUAUAGGAGAUGCAAAUAUUGCUUACUGUGCAUAUGUGCAUAUAACAUAUUGAACCUCUGCAACACUGGUUCAGCUUUUACUCUAUACUUAUUAUGUGUAAUUGGAAGAAAAGAAGCAUUUUGGCAGUAUUUGCAUAAUGAUUGAUAUGUUUUUCCCUAAAACUUUUGCACUUUUAUUUAGUGUUUCCUUAUGUUUUGGCAUGAAAAUCACAAAGUUUAUUGUGCCAAGAUCAAGUUCUUGGCACAUUCUAAGCUUAUUAUAAGUAUACUGUACAUGUGUAUACUGCUACAUAUACUAAUACAUAUAGUAUAUAAGGGGGUUCAAAAAAACACAAACAUUUAUAUAAAAAUGUAGGAAUUCUGAAUUAUUUUUUAGUCUCUUUGUUUUAAUACACGCUCCCCAUUUUAUAUUAAAACAGGAACUUUAGUAUCGUGCUGAGAUAUAAAGCAGUUUGUCACGCUAUGUAACCACAUACUACUUUCUACCUAGAAAAUACAGUCAGUGGUUAGCAAGCCAGCUGGCUGAAUGUGUGCCUAUAUAUGUACUUUCCAUUUGACACCUUUCACCCGUAGGAAAACAAAUGUUGUGAUGUCAUUUGAAUCUGUGCUGAUCCAGAUGCAGUCAAACAAACCAGUUAAUAUCUUCCUACAAGAAUUCACACUAAAGAGUCUUGAGUAAAGACGUUUAGUUUAGACAUUGUUGGAAAGUCUGUCUGUUAAGUCAGGAGUUUGAUGUUGCAGAAGUAUAGUAUUUAUAAUGGUAUAUGUUGCUCUUUUUCAUUUAGAAAAAUCUGUUUCGUAGCUGUAUAGCUUUUUGUUUCACUGUACCGUUCGCUGCUUUUUUUUUACUCCAAAAAGUAUGUCUUCAACAUGUAAUUUUUCUUUUUCAUUUUGUCUUUCCUCUCUGGUUAUAUUUGUCCUUGUGUUUCUGUUCGAUAGUUUUAUUCCACCAACUCUGAAGUCAGAAAAAUUACAGUGGCUCAAAACUCAAAACUGUAAAUUUAAAGUGUAACAAUCAUAGUAAAUUAGAUUUAUGAAUACAACAAAAACUCAUUGUGUCCUCAAAAUAGCCUGCCUGGUACUUGGUAAAGCAGAAUAUAUUUUCUGUACCAAGAGACCAAAACAUGUACAGUCUUGUAGUUUGCUCUAUCUUUCAUUUGCUAUUGUGAUAGUAUGAAUAUUUAACAAGACUUUAUACCAACCAUAAUCAGAAACAUAGCUGUAUUUAGGACAUGUAAAGACUUCUAAACAUGGUGUUUUGUAAUGGUUACUAUGGAACAGAUUAUUUGUUGUUUGUUUAAUGCUUUGUUUACUUGUUUAGUCUGAAUCACUCUGUAAUGACUAAUCUCAAACUGUUCUAGUGACUGAGGUUAGACAGACGUAAAGUGUGUGUGUGUGUGUGUGUGUGUGUGUGUGUGUGUGAGUGUGUGUGAGAAACUGCCGAAAAAUACUUAAUGUGCAUUUCUGAUCUCCUCACUGUGACCUGCUCUAUCGAUGAGAUUGUGAUGAGAUGAGUGUGUGUGUGUGUGUGUGUGUGUGUGUGUGAUGGAGAGAGAGAGAUAAACAGAAAGUGAUGGACUGUAUAAAGCUGGGUAAACAACUUUCACCACCAAAAACAUUAUCAAGAAAAUACAUUUCAGAUCAGUUUUUUUUCCAUUUUAAAGAUCAAACUCUCAUAUGUUUUAUAUAUUCUUUGAGGCUGAUUCAACUGAAUAUGUUUACAUAUAUAAAACAGUAAUAGACAUAUUAUGAAGGUCAAAUUAUAGACAGUUAUAUCGGCCUAAAAAGUGGAUGAAACAAUUAAGAAAAGGUGGGUAGUCAAACCAGCUAACAGUAGUAAACCGCCUGACGUUUAACCUUCACUACAUCCCUGAACAGUCAGAGGGAGUAAGAGAGUGUGUGUGGGGGGGUUGUGUGUGUAUGCAUGUAUGUGCAUGCAUGUGUGUGUUACUGUCCCAUGCCGGCCAGGCGGCCGUGUGUGCCACCAUGCUCUGUGACUGCACAGCCGUAUCAAUAAAUCUGGACUCAAAGGGCUCA